AUGACGGCGAUUCCAGCAUCCGACAUUCCCAGCCUGAGCUUGUUGUAUAAGCUACACAAGCUGGCGCCUACCACCCCAUCGCGCCUCGUCGCGGGCGCAACAUCGGCACACAAUGACCGCAUCGGCCUCUUCCGCGGAGACAUCACCCACCUGGCAGUCGACGCCAUCGUCAACGCGGCCAACACAUCGCUUAUGGGCGGCGGCGGGGUCGACGGCGCAAUCCAUCGCGCGGCCGGCCGGCAGCUUGUCGAGGAGUGCGCAACGCUGGGAGGAUGUGAGACGGGCUCGGCCAAGAUCACCAACGCCUACAAAUUACCCUCUGACAAGGUGAUCCACGCUGUCGGACCGGUCUACAACGACGCUCACCCGCUGCGCAGCGAGGAAAAGCUCGCUGGCUGCUACAAGACUGCGCUCGAGCUCGCGGUGCAGCACGGCGUGAGGACGGUUGCCUUCUCUGGAAUCAGCACGGGCGUGUAUGGAUACCCCAGCCUGGACGCAGCGAUGGUGGCGUGUGGAGUCGUCAAGACGUUUCUGGAGACCGAGGAAGGCAGGCAGGGGAUUGAGAAGGUCGUGUUUGUGACAUUCUUGGACAAGGACGUCCGAGCCUACAACGCGGUACUUCCACGGUUCUUCCCUCCCGCGAGCGAGGCCGGCUUGAGCGAGCGCUCGACAGAGGACAGCGCAGCGGAAGCCGAGGCCGAGGCAAAGGCUCAGCAGCUCCCAGACGUCCCGACGACGGACCCAGCGGGUAAUGAGCACCAGCAUACCUCAAAGAAGCAAAAGCAAGACGGGGACGACAUUUGA